AAAUAAUUAAUAAAUAAAAAAAUUAUAUAUAGUAUAAAAAUGAGAAAAAAUUAGAAUAAUGGAGAAAAAAAUAAAAACAUAAUUCUGCCCCUUGGAGUCACCUUCAGACAUAUUUUUCUUUAUUGAACAGGAACAAUCAGCAAGUGCAGCAAGAACUUAAAACUGAAAAAUGAAAAUAGAAAUCUGAAUUUCUGAAACAAAAACCUUAUAUUGAGAUGAAAUCUCGAAGCAGAUAGGUUGUAGAGGGUCGCUGCAAAGAGACGAGAGGUUCGAAGGAAUCGUCGUAGGCAUAUCAAAGCUUGGAAGGGACCCUCUACUCGUCAGACAGAGACGACAAGCUUGAAGGAAUCGUCGAAAGCAAUCGUGGAGUCGUCAGAGAUGGACGAGAAGCUUGGACGAAUCGUUGGAGGCAGUCGUUGAGUCGUCGGAGAGGGAGAAGAAGCUUUGCCGAGAGAGCAUAAGCUAUCGUUGAGGAGAAGACUUGUUGGACGCUUCAUCGAGAGUAGAAGCUUUGCCGAGAGAAGAAGCUUCGUCGAAGAGAGGGAGGAAAGGGUUUUAGAUUCAUUAUAGGUUCUUUCUUUUUUUAAUUUAUGUAUUAAAUCAAGCAUCCCAACAUGCGUACGCCUUUACAUUUGAGGUGUAAAAGGCGAGCAUUUAGGCCUAAGGCGUACGCCUUCUCCCCUGAGGCAUACACCUUUCUAGAGUUGCUCAUUACCACUUACGCCUUAGGGCGUUUUAGGUCCAAAUUGCCUUAAGAGGCACUCCUCAAUAAAGCUUUUUAAAACACUGGUUUUUAUUGACCUAGAGAAAACCUAUGAUAGAGUACCUGGGAAAGUUCUUUGGUAGCUUUAAAUAAAAAAAAGGGAGUCUACAGUAGAUAUACUAAGGUCAUUAAGGAUAUGUAUGAUAGUGUAAUGACUAGCGCUAUGAUUGUAUGAGGGGAAUCUAGAGAUUUUCCAAUCACAAUAGAUGUACAUCAAGGUUCUACUUUGAGUCCUUAUCUUUUUGCUUUAAUAAUUGAUGAACUCACUAGGAAUAUCCAAAACGAGAUCCCUUGGUAUAUGUUGUAUGUAGAUGAUAUUUGUCUUGAUUGAUGGAUGUAGGAGUGGUGUUUUGGAGAACCAUUUUUAAGUCUAAAGGUUUUAGAAUAAGUAGGAAUAAUAUAGAAUAUAUGAAAUUUUUGGUGGUCCGCCCCUUGGACCCCGCAUAUGUGGGAGCUUUGUGCACCGGGCUACCUUUUUUUUUUUUUUUUUUUUUUAGGGAGGUAUUGGAGAGAAGAUUAAACUUGAUAAUUAAGAAAUUAAUAACACUACUAGACUUCAAAAUCUUGGAUCUAUUAUGCAAGCAGAAGGGGAAAUUGAAGAGUGGUGUGCAUCUGACAUGUUCUGUGAUUGUAAAAGGAAAAUUUUAUAAGACAACUAAGGUCAGUCAUGCUUCAGAAUGUUGGACAACUAAGAAACAUGUACAAAAAGUAAAAGUUUCCGAAAUGUGAAUGUUAAGGUGGAUGAGUGGAAUAAUAUUAAAAGAUAAAUUAAGGAACGAACAUAUACAUAAUAAAAUAGGCAUAGCGCUAGUCACGGAAAGGAUAAGGGAGGGGAGGCUUAGAUGGUUUGAGCAUUUAAACGCAGGCUUAGUAGCACAUCUGUGAGGAGGAGUGAGUUAAUUAUUAUUUUUGGUAUUAAAAGAGGUAAGGAUAGACCUAGAAUAACCUGAAAUAAGGUAGUGAGGAAGGAUUUAAUUGCUCUUAAGUUAGAGGAGGAAAAUUCUCUUGAUAGAGUCAAUUGGUAGAAAAUGAUUCAUGUAGCCAACCCGACCUAGUGGGACUCAAGACUUGUUGUUGUUGUGUUUGUGUCUACGUAGACCUAGCAAAAUGGAGAAAAAUCCGUUAAUCCGAACCCCAACCCGUUUUAACCGACUUAUAAUCAACCGCUUGUUAAAUGAGUCGAAUAUGGUUUUCCAUUUUUUAUCCGCCUCCUUAGUGGGUCAGGUCGAGUUUAUUCGACGGAUAUCCGCCAAUCCGCUUAAAAGCCCAUUACUAAUUAACCCAUAAAAGCCCAACUACCCUGCCCACUCACUGCCCAGUGCCCGCAUGGCCACACAGACCACACCCCCCCUCCCACUCCCAGGCAACCACAUCCCAACUCCUAGUGUCCUCCCACGAGUCAUGAUUCCCACUGCCGUCACCGACUGCCAUGGCCACCCACGGCCCAGAUUGAGACAAUCACAGAGUCGCUCGCUCGCUGUCUCGCUUGCUUGAGUCGCUCACCAGCUUGGCAGAUCACUCGGUCCUCUCCCAGUCGCUCACCAGCCGCUCGUAACUCGGCCCUUGCCUAGUCACUCGGCCAAGCUAGCCUGCUUCAGUGGAAGCACCGAAGCAGCAAGCAGCCAGCAGUGUAUUACAGCUUGAAUUGUGGUGGGAAAUGCAUCCUCCUCUAACACUUCAUAGACACCCCAUGUGUGCAGAGACCACCUUGCUUGACGGUGUAUUCAAGUUUGACGUGGUGAUUUACAGAUUGACUCAACUCAGAAAGUUUAAGCUGGUUAUUGAGCAGUUCCAGAAGUGUCAUUUAGACCAUCCUAUUGCGAAAUUCUUCGGUGAAUGCACAGAUCUGAAAAUUAAGCUUGAUCGCUGUUUCCGCCAAGAAGUGAGUUUUCUUCAUACGGAACUAGUUUUAACAAUUUGGAAAUGGAUCUUUCCUUUUUUUUUCAACAGAAAGCUCCUAGAAGCAAUCUUUCUUGAAAGCUUUGAAGAGGAGGGCAAACUUCGAAGAGAGUAAGAAGCUGAAAGAAAGGCUACGGGCUCAGAGGAAAGAGGAUGCAGAAAGUACAGGGGAGAACUUCCUGCCUGCCUAAUAAUGAAGCUUUAAACGUUCAAUAAAAGCAAAUACUCAACAGGAUCAAUAAAAGCAAAUUAUUCAGGAGUGUAGAGUUCAGAUGUUACAUUUGAAUUUGUGUGAAUAAUAAUGGCUGUAUAAAAAAAUGUAUUAAAUUUUGUUUAAAUUUAUACAAAGCUAAAUUGAAGGUCGUUAGUUUAUGAAA